AUGAAAAAGAAAUAUCAUCGUCAUACGAGAACAAUAUCAGAUGAAGUAGCUCGUCAAUUUGCACAAUCAGAGAUGAUGCAACUUAUAGAAGAUAAACAAUUGUCCAUGCCAUCAUCAUCAUCGAGAAAGAAAAAAUGUUUUUCUCUAUAUACUGAAUCAAAUUUAGAUCCAUCUUUAUUUUUAACUGAUUAUUCCAUGGUUUCAAAUAAUACCUUUAAAGAUAUGUUACUGACAACAAUAACAACAGAUGAUAAUCAAAAUUUGGUGAAUAAAUUAUUUGAUACUGACGAAAUGCUAACAUAUAUUCGUCAGUUAACACAACUGAUCAAUAAAUUAAAUUAUUUCAAACUUCAAGAUGAACAAUGGUCUUACUAUUAUAAUCUUGGUGUAAAUGAAGGUAUUUGGAAUGGUCGUGUAUCCAAAAGUAUGGCUCUGAUUAAUUCCAUGUGUUAUAGUUAUGGCCGUUCAAAAAUAUUAAUCGCACAACGUCAAAAAAAUUUUACAAAAAAGCUUCAAAUGCUUCAAAUUAAUAUUGAUGAACAUAUAAAACAAAUAUCUCUUUCUACAGCUGAUAUGAAUAAUCUUAUGACCAUUAUCAAUGAUUUUUUAUAUAGAGAUCAAUAUGAAUUACAUCAACAAUUAGUUCAUACUUUCUACAACUUAAAACCAAGACAAACAGAGAUACAUUCAGCGAAAACUAUUUGGAAAGCAGUUCAAGAUGAACAAGCACUCAAAUAUGAGAUUGCUUUAUUUAAAACUUGGUUGUCUUCUUCAAAAUCUUCUUCUUCUUUAACAUUGUGCACAUUUCAAGAUUUAGCAUUAACAAAAAUCAAUGAUAUAUUUAUACAUCUAAUUUUUGAUAAAGAAUUGCCAGCAGCAACAAAUCAUCAGGCAAAUUCUAUUGAUCAAUUUAUAGAAGAUAUAGUAAUGAAAACUAUCUCUACAGCUGAAACUAUUGUCGAAAACUAUGUUCAAAAAGUGAACAAUGAGAAACAAAAAGUGUUAAAUAAUCAAGAGAAAUUUAAAAAACCACCUACUGUCGAUAGCGUUAUAACUGCUAUUGAAAAUCGCCAAUUGAAUAUGAUUCAACGUGC